AUGGAUUUGAAGGGAGACCCAGGAGAGAAGGGAGCGCAAAGUAGCGCCUUGGCUCCCCAAGCGCAUCCGCCUAACCUGUUUCGCCAUGCUGGCCACGGAGACGGCGAUUUGAUGUCGACGACUCUUGCGGCUUACGAGGGCCCAGGAAUGGAGAACAAUUCCAACGUUUUCGGAGGUGAUGUCAAGCUGAGCAAGGGGAUUUUCACCAGCGCACGCGCCCGCGCAUUGUGGGUUGGUAUCGCAGCCACACUGGCCAUAUCGGCGAUAGUGUUCCUGUUACGGCAGUGCUCGGCUGGCCUGCGCACACCGCAAGGGAAUGUAACUCGGCGGCUCGCAAAAGCACCGCCGAAAUCUUAUAGGCCUGAAUGCUGGCCGGCUGAGGACACAGAGACUGCGGAAGAAAUAAUGACCAGAACAAAGCAAUGGUUGCUUUCAGACCAACUAAAAGAUACAACAUUCAAGACUAGCAAGUUUGUAGUGUAUCUGGUGGUUGACCAGCAGUGCACCGAACCAGAUCCAGCCCUCGCUGCGGCUAUUGGAGGCCUGAAAGAUGAAGUGGCUGCACGGCUUCCGCUUGUUGAGGCGGGUUCUCCGAUCGAGUUGGAGCAAACAAUUACCCACAGUCAAACGCUGAAAAGGCUUUCCGUUUGGAUUCAAAUUCGACUUGCGGAGGAGAGAGAGAUCCAUAUUGACACAUCGGCUGUUCACGAAUGGGCCACAAACUUUUUGGUAAACACAACAGAGAAAAAGGCGGUACUACUGAUGGGUACACGACUAUUUAAGCUCAAAUACAGCGGAAAGGUGAGUUUUCACACCGCGACAGCAACGGGGUGGACGUACACCGUGGUUACUUCGCCAGGUGCGCCUCCAGGAAAGGACAAAGGCGAUGACCGUGCACCAAAAGUUGCUGACCAACUCAACAGACGAUGGUUCCGUGUCGAGGAUGAAAUUUUGAAGUCGGCUCGUCGGGCUGAAAAAUCAGCUUUGGAAGUGUCGGCGACAUUUGAAGGAAAGCACGGCACCUUGCGCCUUAAAAUGCGUUCGGCAACGCCUGAUCCAUGGAAACACCCGUCAGGUGAGCGAAUGACUGAUUCGGCAUUCGGCUCGCUCUUCUUCGCUCCCGCGGACUACCACGGAUACGAGGCUGUCCCUGCCAUCGUUGCCAUUAUCAGGGCCGUCUAA